AUGGCGGAAUUCGUACGAGCCCAAAUCUUUGGGACCACCUUCGAGAUUACCAGCAGGUACACCGACUUGCAGCCUGUAGGCAUGGGGGCCUUUGGACUCGUCUGCUCUGCAAAAGAUCAAUUGACCGCUCAGUCGGUUGCCGUCAAGAAGAUCAUGAAGCCAUUCUCCACGCCCGUUCUCGCAAAGCGCACCUACCGAGAACUCAAGCUUCUGAAGCAUCUACGACACGAAAAUGUGAUCUCGCUCAGCGACAUCUUCAUCUCCCCGCUGGAGGACAUAUACUUUGUAACUGAGUUGUUGGGAACUGAUCUUCAUCGCCUGCUGACCUCCAGACCGCUGGAGAAGCAAUUCAUCCAGUACUUCCUCUAUCAGAUCCUGAGGGGGUUGAAGUACGUCCAUUCGGCUGGCGUAGUCCAUCGAGAUCUGAAACCUAGCAACAUCCUUGUCAAUGAGAAUUGCGACCUGAAGAUUUGUGAUUUCGGCUUAGCCCGGAUUCAGGACCCUCAGAUGACGGGUUACGUAUCAACCCGGUAUUAUCGAGCCCCAGAAAUCAUGCUUACCUGGCAGAAGUAUGAUGUGGAGGUGGAUAUCUGGAGUGCCGGCUGCAUCUUUGCCGAGAUGCUGGAAGGGAAGCCACUCUUCCCAGGCAAGGACCACGUCAACCAAUUCUCUAUCAUCACCGAACUGCUCGGCACACCUCCUCAGGAUGUCAUCGAGACCAUCUGCAGCGAAAACACCCUGAGGUUUGUUCAGUCACUUCCCAAGAGAGAGCGGCAACCUUUGAGUUCCAAAUUCAAGAAUGCCGAUCCUGCCGCCAUUGACUUGCUGGAAAAAAUGCUGGUCUUCGACCCACGGAAACGAGUUUCUGCUGCCCAGGCCUUGGAGCACGAAUAUCUCGCACCAUAUCACGAUCCCACCGACGAACCGGUAGCAGAAGAAAAGUUCGAUUGGUCAUUCAACGAUGCCGAUUUGCCGGUCGAUACCUGGAAGAUCAUGAUGUAUUCCGAGAUUCUCGAUUACCACAAUAUUGACAAUCAGGAAAACGACAUAGCAAGUAAAGCGCUGUCGGUCGAGGAAGCUCAAGCUAUCAAUGGACAAGCAGUCCAAUAG